AUGAAGAAGCAAUUCAACCGCAUGCGGCAGCUCGCCAACCAGACCGUGGGCAGGGCCGAGAAGACAGAGGUUUUGAGCGAAGAUCUUCUGCAGGUGGAAAAGCGUCUGGAGCUGGUGAAGCAGGUCUCCCACAGCACCCACAAGAAGCUGACGGCAUGUCUGCAGGGCCAGCAAGGCGUGGACGCCGACAAGCGCUCGAAGAAGCUGCCGCUGACGACUCUGGCGCAGUGCCUGAUGGAGGGCUCGGCGGUGCUGGGCGACGACUCCCUGCUGGGGAAAAUGCUGAGGCUGUGCGGGGAGGCGGAGGACAAGCUGGCGCAGGAGCUGAUCCAGUUCGAGCUGCAGGUGGAGAGGGAUGUCAUCGAGCCGCUCUUCGUGCUGGCUGAGGUGGAAAUCCCAAAUAUCCAAAAACAGAGGAAGCAUUUAGCAAAGCUGGUGCUGGACAUGGACUCCUCAAGGACGAGGUGGGAACUGCAGCCGGGCUGCCUGUGCUGGGUGGCAGCAGUCCGCGAAGUCAUCGAGUUUGUCAAGCAACCUGCAGCCGUCGGGCGCCAAAGCCGAUGCUCUCAGGGAGGAGAUGGAGGAGGCAGCAAACCGAGUGGAGAUUUGCAGGUUUCAGUGCAGGAGGGGGAGUCACAGAAAGGAGCAACUCAAGAAGCUGCAGAGUACAUUGAGAAAGCGUGA